GACCCCACCACCUUUUAACUUCUCAUCAUUACAUUUUUACAUUUUACUUUUUUUCUCCACUUAUCCCAUUAUUCCUCCCCAUUAAAUCCCCAUCCCACCCAACCAUAAAUCCCUAUCCGCCCCACCUUCCCCAUUAAUUCGGCCAUUAUCACCCCCCCAUUUCUCGAAGCAUCCGUCUCUCCCUCUCUCUCUUGUUCAAACCUUCUCUCUGUUUCUCCGGUUUCUCUGGUUUCUCUCUAUCUCUCCGUCGGUCUGGGUUAUUGCCUCUUUGGUUGUCCAUCUGGUUUAUCUCGAUCGCCCAACCCCUCCUCACAACCCUCCUCUCCAUUCCUAAUCUGUUGUCUGCCACCUUAUUUCUGAGCUACCAAUCCAUCGCUCCUUUGCAUGGAUCCGUAUGAGUCUGAUUCUGAACUGAUACUGCUUGAUCAAAGGCUUAAUGAAGGAUGUCCAUCACCUCCUUCAGAGAAAUCGAAGGAAGGCCCUGUUCUGAGUAAUGUCCCCAUUCGCCUAGCGGAUCCGGUGCCCGUUUCUGAUUUGGAUUCCCGAAGCACCGAUUGUCCAGGCUGGACAACCUCUUCAGAAACUGACCCAGGCUGGCCUCUCCGGAGAUUAUUCGGGUCCGAUUUGGUGGAUUCAAGCUCUUCUGGGUUUGGCGACACAGAUUCCGGUGAAGAGGAGGUGAACUCGAAGGAAAGGGCUGGUCCAUGGGAUGAAAUUCGUCUGGAUAUUUCGAACACCCAUAGCUGUUGCAGAGCUCCUAAUUGAACUCCUUUGAUGGAAUGGAAGUGCUGAAAAUGCCGCAAUGUCCACUAUUUUGGGCUUCCUUCCACACCUUCCCUUUCUGUUGGCGUUAUGGUUCACGGGUUCUCCUGCAGCCCUGCAUCUUUCUGACACAGUCCAUAACCUGAACACUGUUUUGCGAGAGAGACCAAAAGCAUUCGCAGCAUCUGUGAAUCCACCUCGCUUGACCUUUCCUUUGACUGUCCUUUGAUUCAGGAAGUCCAGUACAGAUGCACGCUCUGCAGGUUUCAGGUUUGGCAUCGGUGAUCGGAUUUCUGCCCUGGAACUGUGGUCAGUGGUCUUGGAUGGCUUGGAGAUAGCAACCACAACAAUUUCUAUUGUUGUAGGAAGGCCUCCAAAUAGCAACCAGACCUAAACGCCCUCUAUGAUGACAAAGUUUACCUGUUUAAUGGCCGUCAAAUGCCCCCCUCGAUGAUGACAACAAGUCUGAGAGGUUUUUCCUAAGUCUGAGAGGCGCAGGUCAUCUACGAAUCCACCAUUGUUCUUGGCUCCAAACUCGUCACUUUCUCUUCUAUUUAUAGAAGUGCGAAUAUUUUGGAACUAAUCUGGCUCCAAAUCUAAAAAGUUGGCGCCAUUAUGCUGGCAUUUUUUCCAUUUACGAAUUGCUACAGUGUUUUAUUUUUUUGGGUGUGCGAACUGCCAACAGGGCCGAAUGUAUAUGGCCUUUACGCUUUGCUACAGUGCUUAAUGUAUAUGGGGUCCGGUUGUUUAUACUCCUUUUGUAAAGUAUUCCUCAACUUUUAAUCAUCUACAGUGUUUCUUACUUUAUUCU